UUUCUCAGAAUCUAAAAAUGGCUUUCAAGGGAAUGCUUAAGGACGAGGAUAUCGCUGCUGCCCUCCAGCAUUUCGCAGGUGUGCUAUACUUAAAUUAUUUAUGACAAUCAAUGUCAGUGAAAGUGAAAGGGCCCAUAUUGACCAGGUUUAAUCAUCCAUGAGCAGGCCGGACAGUGAUGUUGAAAUGACCCCUGUGUUUAUCCCUCACAGCUGCUGACUCCUUUAACCACAAGGAGUUCUUCGCCAAGGUUGGCCUGGCCGGCAAGUCUACUGAGGAUUUGAAGAAAGCCUUCUACUUCGUUGACCAGGACAAGAGUGGCUUCAUUGAGGAGGAUGAGCUCAAGUAAGUCUCAUAUUGAUCCAGUUGAUUCAGUUGUCAAAAGUUAACUUACUGUAGAGUACAACGCAACACCACCCUUGACACUGAAAUGAAUACCAGUGCAUAUCUUGACUAUUCCUUGCUCUCCACUCACCAAGUCUCAUAUUCAUUUGAUCACAUAGGGGUACUUAAACACACCCUUCAAAUCAAAUCACAUUUUAUUGGUUGCGUACACAUAUUUAGCAGAUGUUAUCGCAGGUGCAGCGAAAUGCUUGUGUUUCUAGCACCAACAGUGCAGUAAUACCUAACAAUACAAAACAACACAAACAAAUAGAAAAAAAUAUAAAAAGAAAGAAAUUAAGAAAUAUGAGAAUGAGCAAUGUCCGGAAUAUAAAUAUAUGUAUGUAUAUAAUGGUGUGUAUAGAUAGUAUGGACAGUAUAUGAAUAGAAAAGGUGUGUACAGCAGUAGUUCUAUAGGAUGAGCCAUGACUAGCAAACAGUAUAUACAUAUAAAGUGGGUAAAACAGUAUGUAAACAUAAUUAAAGUGACCAGUGUUCAAUGACUAUGUACAUAGGUCAGCAGUCUCUAAGGUGGAGGGUAGAGUACCGGGUGGUAGCCGGCUAGUAACAGUGACUAAGUUAAGGGCAGGGUACUGGGCGAUGGCCGGCUAGUGGUGACUAUUUAACCGUCUGAUGGCCUGGAGAUAGAAGCUGUUUUUCAGUCUCUCGGUCCCAGCUUUGAUGCACCUGUAAUGUCUCCGCCUUCUAGAUGGUAGCGGGGUGAACAGGCCGUGGCUCGGGUGGCUGAGGUCCUUGAACUGAAAUGAACACCUGUAACAUACAUAUUUGGGCUAUUCUCUUCGGACUAUUCUGAUGAGGCCAGAAAUUAAAAUGUUUUAAACUAAAAUAGAUCUGAGGGUCAAAUAAGUUGAAAUUGAAAGUCAACUAAUUCAUUCAAAAGUCAUGAAUUCACAUGGGGAAAAAGUUGACAAUUUUCUCUAAACACUCCCUCCCUCCCUCCCUCCCUCCCUCCUCUCUCUCUUUCUCCAGGCUGUUCCUCCAGACCUUCUCUGCUGGUGCCAGAGUUCUGACAGAUAAAGAGACCAAGGCCUUCCUUGUAGCAGGAGAUGUUGAUGGGGAUGGCAUGAUUGGAGUGGAUGGUAAACAAAUCACUUUUACACAUUUAUAUCAAACUAGAAACUAUGUACUUGACCCUUUCCAGUUGGCCAAAUAACUGUAACAACUAACUAUUUUUAGUAACGCGUAACUACUUUUAGAUGCCAUGACAUGUAGGGAAUGAGGAUUUUAUGAGGUGCAUUUUAUAAAAAGUUCUCAUCAUGACCUGUCUUGCAAUAACUGUUGUUGUUUCUUCCUUGUUUCCACAGAGUUCGCCACCAUGGUGAAAGCAUAAAUCAUCUAUCAUUGGCACGGUUUUCAUAGAACCAGAAAUCUGCUGUUGAGGUUGUCCUGGCCUGCUGCCUGUCAAAUACUGCAUAUUUUUUGUAUAAUGAUUUUAUUUAUGAAUGUCGCACGGACUGUUUUGACUGUAACCCCACACCCCCAAAGCGUGUUGACUGUUAUGUUUUUUAAAUACGUCUUAUGUUCGCAUUCAGCCAGUGUGCAAAAGUUUACCACCAGACCUUUGCACUUUAAGAAAAUUGAAAUAAAUUUACAUU